AUGCAACAGAAAUUUGAUGAAAUAGGUGCAAAUGCGCUUAUGUGUGUUUUGCAGAAGUCACAUGGAGAUCUCUAUCGCGCACUAUUUGACCAAUACUCGCAGCAACGACUACUGCUACUACCAGUGGCACAUACCCUCGUCAAUGUACAUAUAUCACGGGAAUUCAUAGAGUGUCACAUACUUAGGGAAACGGAAAUACCAGGACACUUUCUCAACCUAAAUGGCCAAGUAGUAGAGGUCACUGACCGAAAGGUCACGACCGGUUUUGGGUUUAAAACCCAUAUCGCAGCAAACAUAUUGAGAGAGGAUAAACUCCAUGAUAUGCAAAAGGGAGUCAAAGUCUGCGUUAUAGACGACUACCUCAUGCACGCAGAACCAACCUGCAGAGAUAUAUUCGUACUCGACCUGAAUGACGUAGAAGCGGUGGUGGACAGGUGGUGCCAAGAAAGUGCUGAGUACCACGAUGCUUUAUAUGGGACGCUGGACAGGAUCAAAAAUACAUUUGUCAUGGUACCUGGAUACGAGAAUGAAUUUUGCAGUAUACUGUGUUCACAUGUUGAAAAGGCAGUUGUUGCUUAUCUUGCCGACAAGAAUGACGAGCUCAAGUGCUCUAAAAAUAGCAUGUGCGAAGUGACACUUAACUUCGCAUUUAAGUACCUCAACGAGCGUAUAAUCACGCAUUUGCAGAGGACUUACCAGAAGCAGGAAGAGGUAGUACAGAUGGCACAAACAAGCUGGCCUCAGGACAAACUUAAGCACCUUAUUACUGCAAUACAGUUCAACAAAGCUGACUCGAAGGACGAGUCCGUCUCGUUUUUCAUAUUGACACUGGUUGCCGGUGGCCUCACUGACGCCAUCGCCAACUACGCACUAUUGGACAUGUACGCCGCAGCAAAGUUCUGCAGACAUAAAGUACCAAUGCAACAUCUAGAAACAUUCAGAGGAGGGUUACAGUUCCUGCUCGAUCAAGUUUGA